CAAAAAAGCAAAGAUGGUUCUUCCAAUGGGCAUGUGGUUCACUGUUGUGAUUUUUCUCCUCGGUAUUCCAGGAGAUCCCUGUGCCGAGAUCAUUGGAGGAAAAGAAUCAGUUCCACAUUCAAGACCUUUUAUGGCCAAGAUCAGAAACCCAUCACUUUGUGGGGGGACCCUGAUCAAAUCAGACUGGGUAUUAACAGCAGCUCACUGCAAAAUAACAAAGGACACUAAAGUUAUUCUUGGAAUUCAUUCAGAAAGAGACAUAACAAAACAAGAUUUCCAAGUUAAAAAGAACAUUCCUCACCCGUGCUAUGAUAAUGUCACAAAGGAGAAUGACAUUAUGCUUCUUCAGCUUAACGAAAAAGCAAAACUUAACGAGAAUGUUACCAUCGUCAAGUUUCCUCGGGAGUAUGGUGACAUUGAGGCAGGAACACAGUGUCUGGUAGCUGGCUGGGGGAUUACUGAGCUUGGAAAAAAAACUCCAUCAGAUGUCCUCCGUGAACUUAAUGUCACUGUCAUUGCAAGACACAUCUGCAAUGAUCGAAACCACUAUAAUUUCAAUCCAAUAGUGACAACGAAAAUGGUCUGUGCUGGUUACAAGAGAGGAAAAAAGAGAGGAAAAAAGAUAGAAGUCAAGGAUUCAUGUACAGGUGAUUCUGGUGGUCCUUUGAUGUGCAAAGGGGAACAAAGAGGCAUCGUUUCCUUUGGUAGAGGAUGUGGAAACCCUAAGUAUCCUGGUGUCUACACCCUUGUGACAAAGCAAUAUUCUCGUUGGAUAAAUAGUGUUAUACAAGGCAAUUAA